AGCGAAGGAAGCGAAGCUGCGGAUUCCGCAAUCCAGGUCUGGCAGGAGCGAGAGAGCGCGGCGCGUAAAAACGCAGCCGCAGGAAAAGCCAAGACGCAACGGAGCCCGGAGCGACCCGGCUAAGGCAGGCCCUUCUCUCUCUGCCCCGCUCCCACUUCCCCUCUCGGCCCGGCCAUGGGGAAGGUCCAGCUCUUCGAGAUCCGCUUGAGCGACAGCCGGGUGGUCUACAGCCCCGGCGAGCCGCUGGUGGGAAGCGUCACCGUCCGCUUAGCCGGAGCUCUCCAAUAUCGCGCCAUCAAAGUGAGCUGCGUGGGCUCCUGUGGCGUCUCCAACAAGAUAAACGACACUGCGUGGACCGUGGAAGAGCAGUAUUUCAACACGACGCUGUCCCUGGCCGAUAAAGGGACGUUGACCACUGGCGAGCACACCUUUCCAUUCCGUUUUUUGCUGCCAGCCUCGGCCCCCACCUCUUUUGAAGGUCCAUUUGGCAAAGUGAUGCAUCAGGUGAAAGCUGUCAUCGAGACACCACGGUUUUCCAAGGAUCAUAAGUGUCACAAGGUCUUCUACGUUCUGUGUCCGCUGAAUCUGAACGAUAUCCCAGAUAUUGAGCAAUGCAACACCAACUCCAUCACCAAGAAGUUCAGCUACAAGCUUGUCAAAACAGGAAACGUGGUUUUGACGGCCACCACCGAUCUCAAGGGUUACACCGUUGGGCAGGUCAUCCAGUUGCGAACGGACAUUGAGAACAAAUCUGGCCGGGACACCAGCACCAUUGUGGCAAGCCUCAUCCAGAAAGUGGCCUAUAAAUCCAGGCGGUGGAUUUAUGACUUGAGGAGCAUAGCAGAAGUAGAAGGUUCGGUGGUGAAAGCGUGGAAGCACGCCGAGUGGAAAGAGCAGAUUCUUGUCCCUGCGUUGCCACAGUCCAUCCUGCAAGGCUGCAGUCUCAUCCACAUCGAUUACUACAUCCAGGUCUCCCUCAAGUCCCCCGACGUCUCCGUCGCCUUACCCAUUUACAUCGGCAACAUUCCUGUGAACCGGAUCCCCUUAAGCCCCGCCCACUUGGCCCCCAACGUUCCCUCCCCUGUGGUUCCGAGCGCACCCCCCGAAGAAGAGGAAGCAGCCGGGGGUUACUCCCACCCCAUGGACAAUAUUUCAAUCCCGACCAAGAGCCAUUCCCAGCAGCAGCCCUUCAGCUAUGCCCCGGGAUUGAGCUUCCCGGAAGCCAGAGUGGACCCGGAACAGAUCACCUCCCCCAACCGGCCCACGCUUUGCUUGUCCACGGGGUCAACGGUUCCGUAUUAUGCCGAGGGGGCCGUUGUUCCGGUGGCCACGGCCAGUUCUUUGAUCCUACCGCCCGAGUAUAGCACUUGGGGUUAUCCAUACGAGGCCCCUCCUUCGUACGAACAGAGUUGUAGCAGUGCAGCCUCCAGCUUGAGCAACGACCACUAGGCAACGACAAGGAUCUAAAGACGACCAGAGUGAAUUGGGAGGAAGGGACGGUACGCAGCGUUGCUCGGAAGAGGGAGCAUCCCCUGGCUGCGGGCCUGCUGGCUGCCACUCACUCACUCACGCUAGGGAGGCCUGUUUACAUCCCACCUGGGAACUGUGCCGUCCUGCCACCUCCGUUGGCUGCUGCUUUUUACUCUCCAAAACACCUGUGAUGCCUUAUCGGGAAUGCAACCAGGAUCCAAGAAGGUGGGGUGGACCACGCAAGCACCUCUGUUUUUGGAGUGCUGCUCUUGAAUUCCCACCCUGGGAUUGACUGUCUGGACAGUUCCAUGUUGACCUCCUUCCUUCCUUCUCCUCUGACGUCCUAGGGACGUUUCUAGAGAGCAGGGCAAACAUUCCCAUGAUCCACGGACAUCCUUUUUGCAACGACAUAACGGUGUCAACAGGUUAUCGGCAGGAGUUCUGGCAGCCUUUCGAACUCAGUGCCUGUCUAUUGGAGCUUUUCCAAGGUUGGAGGUCUGUUGCCACAGGAGAAAGAGGGAAGAUGGACUUUUUUUGUAGUGCCGAGCCAGCCUUGGGUAGAAGAAAGAUCUUCCUUGAUGUCAGCAUGGUCCCUGAGACCAAUGAGGUCCUCAUGUGUUCAAGCCACUCUGCUUGGCCAGGAUUCAUUCCAGAUAACGUCUUCGGGAACUGGGUCUCUUGAGCACGAGUAGAUCCUUAAUUUCUCCUCCUGAAUCCUCCAACGUUGACUUUCCAUCUGGUUGGUAGCAUCUGACAAUCAUGGUUUGUGUCCAACUUCUACCUCGGCCUUCCUGUUUCCCAUGAAACAAGAUGGAACCGCAAGAAGGGGUAGAGGGAGAGAGAGAGAGAGAGAGAGACGCGGCUAGAAUUUAAAGUAUCUAUCUAAUUUUGAAAAAAACAAAAAACAAAGACCUUAUAUCUCAAGGACCUUUUGACUACACAGGACUUGGUCCUGAUUGUCCCCCUUGCCUGCACCCUCAGUUUCUCUGGCUGGUGAACCCUACCCAGUCAUGGCUGGUUAGUUAUUUUUAAUCAUUGUCAUUAUUAUUAUUUUAAUUUUCUUCUUCCAAUGGGAGCUUCCCAAGAUCUGCUUCCCUGACCCCACUGCCUCAAUCACCUGUCUUCUCCCAAACCAUCAAGGUAGCUCCAGGGGAUUUGUCUGAGGAGCAGUGAGCAGGUUCCCUGUAGAUGCAUUUCCUGGGACCUAAAACCUACCCCCCUCCCAACCAACAGUCUGAUUUUCUUUUCCUUUCCUGUUGACUGUGAGUUACCCCAGGGCUAAAACCUCCCCACCUUUUCACAGAGCCUCAGUCGCAUGGACGCAGCCCACCUGGAUGCCUAAAAUCAACUCCUUUUUACUUCUAAGGUGAUUGAAACCUCUCUCUCCCUCUCUGUCUGUCUCUCUCGGUUUUUGAUUGACCUGUUUUUAUUGUGACAUUUUU